AUGGAGGCGAAGGCGGUGUCCACGCUGGGUGUAGCCGGCGCGUGCUCGGUGUCGGCGGAGGAGACCGAAAAGUGGAUGGAGGAGGCGAUGAACAUGGCCAAAGAAGCUCUUGAAAACGUUGAAGUUCCUGUUGGCUGCCUUAUGGUCUACAACAAUGAAGUUGUGGGGAAGGGAAGAAAUGAAGUUAAUCAAACCAAAAAUGCUACUCGACAUGCAGAAAUGGUGGCCAUCGAUCAGGUCCUAGAUUGGUGUCGUCGAAGUGGCAAGAGUCCUUCUGAAGUAUUUGAACACACUGUGUUAUAUGUCACCGUGGAGCCAUGUAUUAUGUGUGCAGCUGCUCUCCGCCUGAUGAAAAUCCCGCUAGUUGUUUAUGGCUGUCAGAAUGAACGAUUUGGUGGUUGUGGCUCUGUUCUAAAUAUUGCCUCUGCUGAAUUACCAAAUACUGGGAAACCAUUUCAGUGCAUUCCUGGAUAUCGGGCUGAGGAAGCAGUGGAAAUGUUAAAGACCUUCUACAAACAAGAAAAUCCAAAUGCACCAAGAUCAAAAGUUCGGAAAAAGGAAUGUCAGAAAUCUUGAAUUCAUUCCGAUGAAAGAUUCAUGCCCCAAAGUGACCUGGACAAAAUUCUUGGACUCAAAGCUGUUGACAUCGUUGAAUUAUAUGUUUAUACAUUGUUAAUCUGUGGGAAAUCUGUCUCUCUCAUCCUUUGCUCUGUCAAGGGAACAAAUUAGCACUUUUUAGAAGUCUGAUCAUUAUAAACAACUAUUAGCUUUUCCACAGGCUGAAAGGACAUUUUAAGAAGGGGAAAAAAUUAAGGUUUGAGGUUUGAGAAAUUAGCAAGUAGUGCAUGCCUUUCCAGCCACAACAUUAUGCUCAGUCCAGGAAAAUGCCAACCUUCCAGAGAAUGUGCAUCCAGACCCAGGUGCCUGGUGUAUGUCUGGAUAGAGCAUGCCACACUGCAGGCAUGUUCUCCAGGACUGGCAUUUCAGAGUCGGAUUCUUCAGUUUUUGCAGCUACUAUGUUCUUCCAGGGAACAGGGGGCCUGUGACUUCUUUCUGAAUUGUAUAUGACUUGUAUAUAUAUAGACCAUGAUUACAUGGUCCAUAGAACAGAUUUCUUGCUUUUAUAAAGCAUUUAGAGAAAAAUACAUACUUUUCAAACAA